CCAUAACUGUAAUCUUAUCUUAUGGAGCGAUUCCCCUCCCACUCCUACUGUUCGACGCUUUGCUCCCACGAAAAUCCUGAUUACCGCGUUUCCUUUGUUCGGUUCAUGUCGUUCGUUUCCAAUACUUUUAUCGUUGCUAUAUAUCAUGACUAUGUUCAACGCUGCACACAGAUUCAACAAGUGGUAGGAAAGAGAGUGCAUAAGGGUGUCUGUUAAUGGCAGCCUUUGUCGCCUCUUUUCUCUCGUGUGCUUCUUCUCGCCCUCCUCUUUCUUCUUCUUCUUCACUCGUUCUUCGUCGUAAUCAGUCCGUAUCAUUUCCAAGCGUUUCUUUUCGCCGAGUUCCCAAAGAUUUGAUAAACGUGAAAACCCUAGUUUUUGCUUCGUCCGACGGGAUUAGGGCACAUGAAGGGGAUUCACGCUCAAAGAAAUCGAUGCUCUUGAAAUUGAUUCAAGAAAUAGAGCCAUUGGAUGUGAGCAUCAUCCAAAGAGAUGUUCCACCUACCACCAUUGAUGCCAUGAAGAGGACUAUAUCAGGAAUGUUGGGACUUCUACCUUCAGACCAAUUUCAAGUCUUAAUUGAAGCUUUUAUGGAAACCACUUUCCAAAUUAUUGGUUUCUUCUUUAAUGACUGGGUAUACAUUGAGGAAUGCUGAAUAUAGGCUGUGUUUGGAGAGAAACUUUGAUACAUAUGAAGAAACUACAGAUCACAAACAGACAAUUGGAAUUGAAGAUUCAAAAUUAAUACACAACAAUAUAACAACAAAUACACAUAAAUCUGAAGAAACUAACGAAAAUCCAUCCGAGUUUCCAGAUUUUGGUCAAAUGACCCCUGAAGUUCAACAAUAUAUCUUGAAACUGCAAUCCCGUUUGUUUUCUGUCAAAAAGGAGCUUCAUGAGGUGAAGAGGAAGAAUGCAGCUCUGCAGAUGCAACAGUUUGUUGGGGAAGAAAAGAAUGAAUUGUUGGACUACUUAAGAUCUUUAGAACCAGAAAAGGUGGCUGAGCUGUCAGAACCAACAUCUGCAGACCUGAAAGAAACAAUUCAUUCAAUUGUUCAUGGUCUUCUUGCAACACUUUCACCUAAAGUGCAUUCACAAUCACAAACAUCAAUUGGAAUUGGAAGCAGUGAUCAUGAUCAUGAUCAUGAUGUUGUGGAGAAGGAGAAGGAGAAGGAGAACACUUCUAUUCAAUUUCAGCCCCUUGUUUCUUUGACUAGGGACUAUUUAGCUCGCCUACUCUUUUGGUGCAUGCUGGUGGGACAUUAUCUGAGAGGGUUGGAGUAUAGAAUGGAACUCGUGGAGCUUUUAUCAUUGUCACACAAGGAGGAGGAUUAUGACUUAUGA